AUGUCGCUGUCAAAUAUGCUGCGUGCGUCGCGGCUUGCCCAGGUCUAUAAGUCUUCCAAGCCGUUAAGUACAGGAUUGAAAAUAGCUCCUACCCACCAGGUUAUAGAGACUAAACCUGCACUAUUGAAGUUCCAUGAAUGGGGGUUGAAGUCCGCGAUUCCAUCUAAGGUCAAGACACAGUAUUUGAUGUAUAAGGAGCUCGAUACUUUGGAACGUCUCACCGAUUUUGAGCCUAGAGGAGGUGCUAAUUGGAAUAGAAUACGUGUCCAGGAGUUUGGAUUAAGUCCCCGCUACAAUGCAAACACCAAAAAUCCGCUAUUUAAUAAGGAGCAUUACGAUUUCUCAUCCUUAAAUGAAGUUUUCACUAAAUUCUUCUUCGAGAAACAACAACAUGGGUCUAUGAAGUAUGGCUCUUUGAGCGAAUCCAGAAAGUUGUUCAUUAAAAAUGUCCGCCAAGAAUUCAAGGAAUGGCUAGUUGCAAAGUACCCAGAAGCUAUUUUGAAUCAAAGCUUUACGAAACCUGACAACAUGCUAACUUAUGGUAAGGAAUUUUUGCAAUCCUACAACAAUAGAUCGAGUUCAAAACUAAAUUCUCCAGAUACAAUGAUUGGUACCGGUGGGCUAACAUAUGCAUUGAAAGGUAGAUUAAGGAAUUCACCUAAUGGUGUCAUUCAGAAGCACAUUGUACCAGGUAGAUUUGUUGCUCCCACCAAUGAUAACAAGAUCGCAGCUAUUGGAGGAUUUGUCGCAAAUGCAGCUUCUUCUGUGAUAUCUGCUCAACCUCAAAAGUGGGUCUCCAAUAGAGACAAGAUAUAUCCAUUUGAAGUAUCGAACUUGUCCGUUAACAAUGGCCAGAUUACUUUAGAUGCUAAGGGUACGAUGCUAAAUAAGCCCGAACAGAAACGACUACGCCGCAAUCAUUACCCAAAACCUCUUUAUGGUAACAGGUAUUCAACGGGGGAAAGAAAGAGUGAUGUGGCUGAAUCACUGAAAGCAAUUCUCGAGUUCAAUAAAUCCUAA